AUGCACCAGAAUCAAUCACGAUCACGAUCACGAUCACGAUCACGAUCACGAUCACGAUCACGAUCACGAUCACGAUCACGAUCAAGAUCACGAUCACGAUCACGAUCACGCACCUCCGUCCCGCCCUUCUUUUUUUUUACCUGCACUGCACGGCUUGUCAUGUCCGGCAUUAGCCCUCGAUCCCUCUCCUCGAUCCCGUGCGCGUGUAAGCAACGCGUGUGGUCUAGAGCCAACCAACACCUUGCCAACCUGCCAACCAACGCUGCCAACCGCCUACCACACUACCCAGCCACUACGAAGCCACUACCAAACACGCAACCAACCACUGCCAACCACUACGAACCGCUGCCAACCACCGCCACAGACUUGUCUCGAUCGCCGUGGACCUACUGGAGGGAGGAGAUGGGGUAG